CUGAUUUGACUGUAGUAUUACUUCACAUCUUAUGCUUGUCAGAUACCCAUGUUCGAAAUAAAUACUUCUAAUUACUAGUAAUUUAUGUUUUCCAUACUACUUAACGUACACAAAUAAUUGUCAACGCUAAAUGUCCGAUCAUUCGAUUAAACAUUGUGGCACACAGCGACCAACUCGUUUUUCUAGGUCCACAACAUUAAGAGAAAAAUAAUUUAUAAUACUAAAUAGAUAUUAAAAAGAAACAUUUGUAUCCAGAAGAACAGCAAAUAUGUACAGCUUUGAGUAUUAAUAGGUUAAGUGCAAGUUUCUGUGUUCGCACAAUUAACAGAGAAGCAGUGUUUACUACCUGUUGCAAUGAUACCAGUCAUUAAUGGAAUGUAACAACACAUUUAUCGUCUUUAGAAUAGGACACAGUGUGUCGGUAUUGUCACAACACGUGAUACUUAUUUGUGCCACCAUAAGAAGCGAGGUAUGGAAAAGUAAACAAACGUUGAGGACGCUGGUCGGUCUCGUGUUCGAAACGUAACUUGACUCUUCCCAGUAUUGCGAAAUGGGUAAAGUGAUACGUGACAAAGCAGCCAGUGACAGUUCCGAAGAAGAACAAAGAAAACCUACUGGCGAAGAACGAAAAGUACGAAGGAAGAAGAAGAAAUGUAAAAAGGAUCUGAAAGAAUUGCAGCGGAGGCUAUUAAAAUCGAAAAGGAACCGUCAGGUGACGGGCAAAUUUUGGCAGAGUAGUUUCAUAAAGCUUUUACAUCGUUUCGCAGACAUACGAGAACAAUAUAACCAACAAACGAAGAUUGAUGGGAAAUCGGGCAAGGUGGGAAAUUCAAAAAAGGUGUCCAACAGAAUUCUACCAAAAGCUUUAGUUGGCAUAUAUAGGAAUGGUGCAGCAGGUAAAAUAAUAAAAAAAUCUCAAACUAAAGAGCCUUUAAACGAUAUAAACAAUGCGCGCCUACAGGGGAAUGUUUAUAAACUUUUAAAUAAUUGUGAUUCCGAAUUAGAACCUAUUACAAUUGAAAAUGGUACCAAGGGAGUUUCAAAAAAUCCUUUAUUUGAUUCUGCUGUAAAAAAUAUUUUACAUCCAACUCCUCCUGGUGAUAAGAGAUUAAGUCCUGUUUUGGGUAAAGUGGAUGGAAAAAAGCAACGCCCAAAAAUCAGAUGCAUAGAAAAUGUGAAUCCUCCAAGAGUAUUCAAUUUUCUUCUAAAACCUAAAAAUAAAAAUUCAGUUGAUACUGAAAAAUUUCCCGACUCUGCAAUUAAAAAGUAUGAAGAAUUAUGUAGUACUGUUUCUGCGGAGAAUUUCGAGGGAAAGAAUUUACCUCAGUUCGUAACAGACCCGUUAAUAGCAACAAAGAAGAAAUUGAGAAGCAUGUACGCCGAAUCGUUCCGUAGUCAAUAUUUAGGAGACACGAUUAAACGUGGUUAUGUUCAAGACUCAGAUCUUGGAUCUGUGGCCGUGGAGAAGCCAGAUCGUCAAUUACGUCACAGAAAGGACAAAAGGGAAAGCUUGCCAGAAAGUGAAAAUAUAUUUGUAAUUCCAGAGAAACAUUUUGAUUUGAAUGGCAGGAAGAACGAGGCUCCUCCUAACCUAUUAUUCGAUCUGUCCUUACUAAAUAAAUCAAGCUCAGGAGUCGAGAAUGUUGAACCAGAGUCACUGAACGAAAUGAACAAUUUAAAGAGCAAUUUGACGGAUAUAACUAUAAAUAAUCGCGAUUUUUACGAAGGAAAUUAUUGCAAGAGGGACAGCAAUUUUAAGGCUGCUGCUUCUAUGCAUGUAAACAAGAUGGAAAGGUUGAAGGAGAAAAUGGAAUCCCCCCUUUUCAUACCGAAGGAAGCACAGUUGCCAAACGAUUUAAUUACCAAAAAACAUUUGAAGCGUAAGAUUCAACGCGUACAAACGCAGUUUGUGAAGCAUGGAGCAAAGAAACACCCUGGAAGAGGGAACCUAAAAGUAUCACAUCAGGUGAAGAAUUUGAAACACAUUCCCGCUAUACUGCGACGAUGUAACAAUGCUGCAAAUAAUAACAAUCGUUUGAAUUUAUUCGACCCGUCGAUGCAUAUCAAUAAAAAGCCUCAAGAGAUACUGCUGGAUGUGGCCCCAAAGCAGAGCGCCCUCUUCUCCCCACAGACAUUAGACACGGAAUCGAAUAGGAACAGCAAGAAACUGGAAACGACAGCAAUGUUCGACCCCGCAGACGUGCAGACUUGUGUAAUGGCAUCACCGAGUCUGCUCAGAGACGAAGUAUGUUUCAAGAGUUUCCGCGAGCAGCCAGUGGACGCCAAGCAACAGCCUCAAAAGUUGAAGACCAAUGAAAUAUUCCUGGGAAAGAAGAAUAUGAAUCCUUCAGUACAGAAGACUAUAAUGUUCACGAAGAAGGAUUCUCGUAACAUAGGUCAUUGUCUGUAUCUGAACAAUCUAAUUACCGACCGAAGUGCCGACAACUCUAACGUCUGCGUGAUGAGGAGGAGCGUUUCUGUGGACCAGGAGAAAUCGAUGAAGAAUCCUUGCCCAACGCGCAGAAAUUGUCAGCAGUGUCAUCGUUGCUCGGAAGGUUCCGAUGGCUCCUACUAUUGCAGUCAGGAGUCGAAUCCAUCGCAGAUGCAAAACGCAGAGGUGCAUCAGAAACCUGUCGUUUGCGAGAAAGUGUUGCUGAGAAGAGUCCAGCAGCAUCUUCAUUCCAAUCAGAAGUGCCAUAACGAUCAGCACGUGUGUUACGUGGUUGUAGAUCCCAACAGCGUCCAGGAAUGCUCAAGUGAUAAUGUCUCUUGUCAAAAGGAGAAGCACAGGACCGUGCACUCUAGGCAUUUUUAUCAGGACGAUGUAUCCGACAUUGGUAUACUAAAGGGCGUGCAAAAUCUGCAGAUAUUGCCCAUGGAGGAACGCGAGUUGCAAACGAAUUUUACCAGCAAUCAGUGUACAGGAAGGAAUGCCGUGGUAAUCGAAGAGCAGCCAAUCAAGUACUUGGCUGUUGAGAACAAUUCCAGGGCACAAAAGAUACCUAUAUACAUGCAGAGCAACAAACGUGUUACCUCUGUCGAUAAGGUAGAGGUAGUCAAUCCCAAUGUUGGAUACCGCGUGGUAUCCUGCCCUAAGGAAUCCUCACAAAAGGUGAUAUUUGUACCCACGUGCGAGCAGAGUAAGGCAGUAUACGGUAAACAAGAAAGUUUGGCUUCUUACGAUGAAUCUCCUCUGGCAAGGAAAGUGAUCUUGUGUCGACCGGAAUUUCAGUCGAAUCUAUGGUACGUCAAAGACCCUUCGAACGUGUGCGAAGUUCACGUUCCAAAACAAAACCUCAUGGAAGUAAGAAACACCAAGUGUGAUACAGUUGUGAACAAUUUGCAAGGGGACAAAGUUAAACUGUCCAGACGAAGUACAGUCAAUUGGGACGAUCUGCAUUAUCGAUCGAAUCACGAAUAUCAACACGUGAACGACGGCUGCGUUAGAAAUCACACAAUUUUCUAUAAGAAGUGAAUUUCUUGAGUCUCUUGAAAUGUAUAUUAUAUUUUUUCUAUCUUAUUUCAGCGAGGUUUUUAUAUUUAUAAAAAUGCAAGAUGUAAACAAACAGAAAUCGUCUAUGGAAGUUUAUUUAUAUUAAAUUUUGUUUUGAUAAGGCUAUGUUUGUUACAGAAUAUAGAAGAACGUAAUGAUUUAAUCUUCAUACGUUAAAUAUAGUCGAAUUAAGCUACUAUUUUUCGUUACAUUUAUA